GUUUGCUUAAAGCGCACGGUGGACGGUGAUGCUUGCUAGUAGAGUUGAAACAGGGUGAAUGACCUUCGUUUUGCCGUUAGUUUAGGAUAAAUGAUGGAAGUAGACGACGUGUCGGUUAGAGAGCAACUUUUCCACAACAGAGUGCGAGAGACUUUUAUCUGUGUCCUCCUCUUCACCUGCCUCUACAUUCUGUCCUACCUCAUCCUCACUCACUUCAAGAAGAAUGCGGACUAUGUCACGGAUGACAUUGAAGAUGCAACCGCCAACAAAAUUGCGCUAUGGCUGUGUACGUUCACCCUCUCUGUGGCAGUGUGUGCUGUGCUGCUGCUUCCCAUCUCCAUCCUGUCCAACGAGGUGCUGCUCAUCUUCCCUCACAGCUACUACAUGCAGUGGCUCAACGGAUCGCUCAUUCACGGCUUAUGGAACCUAGUGUUCCUGUUCUCCAACCUGUCCCUGGUCUUCCUCAUGCCCUUCGCCUACUUCUUCACCGAGUCGGAGGGCUUUGUGGGCUGUAAGAAGGGGGUGAUGGCGCGGGUGUAUGAGACGGCGGUGGUGCUGCUGCUGCUAACUCUGCUGGUGCUGGGCAUGGUGUGGGUGUUUGUGGCCCUGCUUAACAACCACACCGCCAGGGAGAGCCUCUACGACAUGUGGGAGUACUACCUUCCUUACCUCUACUCUGCCAUCUCUAUGUGUGGAGUGCUGCUGCUCCUACUGUGCACUCCCUUCGGGCUUUCUCGCAUGUUCAGUGUCACCGGGAGCCUACUGGUCAAACCACGGCUGUUGGAGAAUGUGGAGGUGGUUAUGAACUGUGCUGCGUUCGAGGAGGCUUCACUCUCCAGGACACUCAACAGGGGUAGCACGGCAUGCUGGAUCAGUGUGAACGUGGAGCCUUUGAGGACGCAGUUCCUCAGUGUCCAGGCCGAACGAAUGGCCCUCGAGAUGCGUAGGAGAGCGUCACCAUGGCAGCGGAACCUGUUCUACCCUCUGGCCAUGCUCCUGCUCCUAGCUCUAACGGUGGUGUGUGUGUUGGUGGUGUGUUUCCAUGUUCUGGAGCUCCUCUUCGACGAGACUGCCAUGCCUAGUGAAAUGGGGGACCCUCGCCUGGGGACGGCCUCCUUCUCCAUGUUUGGUUCUCUGGGAGCAGCAGUGCAGGUGUUCCUUAUCCUCUACCUGAUGGUGUCGUCUGUUGUGGGCUUCUACAGCUCUCCUCUCUUCACCUCCCUGCUGCCCCGCUCUCAGGACACGAACCUCACGCAGAUCAUUGGGAACUGCGUGUCUCUUCUGGUCCUCAGCUCCGCACUGCCCGUCUUCUCUCGCACUCUGGGGAUCACACGGUUUGACUUGCUUGGAGACUUUGGGAGGUAUAACUGGCUGGGGAACUUCCACAUAGUGUUCCUGUACAACAUUCUGUUUGCUGGCCUAACCUCUGCCUGCCUGAUCAACACUCUCACCUGGGCCGUGCAGAGAGAACUCAUACGCGCCUUCGGUCUCCACAAACUUCCUCUGACAGUGUCCCGCACAACCAUCCCCUUCAAGCUCCUCCUGGCAAAUGGCCUGUCAAAGAUCCAGUGACUGACAUUCCCUUGACCCAAUCAACCGUCAUCUUUAAUCCUGACCGGGACCUGAGCCUCCUGGAUAGCAUUCCCAUUGGACCAAAGGCACCUUGUCUUCAGUCCUCCAGUCAAUCUGUGUCUGGAUCACCAGAAUGAAGAGACCGGAGUGGAGGAUUAGAAGUACAGUUUGGACAAUAAUGCACUAGAACUCUGCUCACUGACCAAUACAAGUUGACCUGGGGAACCAACUUAAACUGUCUCGCUUUUUGACUACAGUACUGGGGUUAUAUUGAAAUCACUUUGCAGUAAUCUGAGCCAAAAACAAUCUAUUCUGGAACCGCUAAAAGAUUCUAGAACUGAAAAAGGUUCUGGAACUGAAAAAGGGAUCUAAUCUGUAUCCAGGUUCUUGGGACAUGGCUAGACGGAUCCAACUUUUGUCAGAUUUGAGUUUUCGUAGCAGGUUAGGAGAAUUCGGUUAAGGAUAGGAGAAGGGUUGGGGUUAGUUAAAAUGCAAAAUAAUCUGCUUUUGACGUUAAUUUGACAAAAGCUCGAUCCCUUCUAGCCAUGACCGGGUUCUUGUUGACCUUGUGACAUCAUACAGCACAUCCUGGAUGUCCUAAUGCCUUAUGAGAAACUCACAAUGGGUUCGAGAGGUGGAGGUGGGACUGACUUACUUUGCUCUUUGGACACGCACGUGUAAAAGUCAGCAAAGCUAUUUUGGAACAUUACGUUGCAACUGACAUUUCCUUUUCCUGAUCUGGGGUUGAGCGGUUGAGUCCUCUCUCUGCUGCCUUCCCCUCUCCCCACGCCUUCCUCUCUCUCUCAUGUAAGACUACUAUUUUUGGGCCUCACUCCUGUGAAUCCCACUUCCAUGUCUUUUUAAGACGCCUUGUCUGUCUGUAAUGGUGUUGUGUCCGUUAAUGAGAGGAGGAUGUUUUUAAACCUGGGUAUUCUACAUGCCUUGACCUUCACAUAGUGGAGGAAGAGAAGGGGACAGGACAGGGUUGUGUUCAUUAGGUUACAUUUAAAACAUUUUACAACUGAAAAUGAGCGUUUCAGUUGUUCCAUUUGGUGCCUAAUGAACACAACCCAGGACUUGUUUUAAACUCUUAACGUGGAAUUACCCCCCCUAAAGAGGAGCUUCCUAAAUGCAAAGUGACACUCACUAGUGUUGUGUGUCCUGCCUUGGACCAAUCAUACUGUGAAUUGUUUAAAUGUUAUGUUAGUUAUAUUAACAAAGUGCAAUACUGUUUACUCACCACUGCCAGUUCCAAUGACUUGUUUUUCCUGGUAACUUUUAUAUUAGAAUAAUAUAAAUGAAUGAUCUCUGUAGCGUUGUUUUUAUUUUUAGAUCUUGUUUAUAGUGAUCCUGUGUCAUGGUUCUCCUUUGCUGUAUCAGCAUGUAUGUCAAAUUGUUUUAAUUGUUAUUAUUAGCUGUUAGACAGUUAGUUCUGUCCAGUUCUGUCGCCAGCAGGGGGCAGGGUCUCCCAAACUCACCGGCAGCCUGCUGAAAAUUGCCCUGAGGUUCGGUCAGAGAACCUUCUAUCCUUAGGGCAAUGGUUCUGUUCUCUUUGGUCAGUCAUUACGCAUAGUUUACUCAUUUCAUGUCAUGUCACUUAACAAGUCUUGGAAUCUAUUGUCAGGGGAGCAAACAUGUUUUUAUGGUUUACUUUAGUGCUCGACAACGUUUCGAUUUUGUAAAAUGUAUGUAUUUUUUUUUAAUGAGCCGUGGAGAAAAAGGACAAAUGUAUUACAUGUUUCUAUACAUAAACGGUCUUGUCUGAUAUGUAUGAGUAAUAAGACUGUUUACAGUGCAGUUAUAUCUUUCAAUCAUCAGGUCUCAUUGUCCA